AUGACUGCCCAGCUCGUACAUCUUCUCUUCGUAUGGCUUCUCUUCUUCUCUACCCAUCGAGCUGACGACCUGUUUGCUUUCACCGACUUUCCCGACUACGCCAUCCUCUCGGAGGCUUGGGAAUUGGCCUUCUCCUGUCGCCAUGGCUACGCCGUGGAGAGCUUCAUGCUGCUUCAUGUUGAGACCACGGAGCAGGUGCUGGUUGACUGUCGACAUGCCGGUCCCGACGACGUCGGCUUGACCUGUUCGUCAGGCUGCUUUCAAUCAACAUGUGCCCCCGAGGCCCGGCUACAGGCUGACCGGCGCGCCAACGUCUAUUCGGUUCGUUUAAACAACGUUGAUCUUCCCGACGUCGGGCGACACCAAUUGCGGGUCACCUUCUUUAAUCAGGCCGGGCCCGAGGCGACAGCGACAGAAAUGGCGACUGAAGCGGCGAAAAUGACGACAACGCUGGCGACAAAAGAGGUAACGAGGCAAAUGAAAAAGGUGAUGACGACGGCGAAUCUGACGCUGACCUUGCGCGCUUUGCCGCGAGUGAACUCUAUGGGAAUCGGGUGUGACGAAUUAGGCCUACAGACUGGUCUGCAAGCGUCGCGGCGACUUAACGACGUCCAACUGUUGGCGGCCUGGCCGGCUGGUAGGGCGACUCUCCUCGAACCGGCCGUUGUACGUUGUCGCGUCGUCUAUUUUCUCGGGAAGCCGCGGGGCCGCGCCAUUGCUGUGAAGGUGGCCCGACCGCCUGGCCUCGAGCCUCACCUCUGCACGUGGACGUACCGCAUCGGCCUUAGUCCGACCCUCGCAAGACGGGCCGGCGUGCUUAACUGGCUUGAGUACAGACGCUUCGGAGCCGACUACUUUGAAAGAAGUGAAUUUGUCUGUCGCCUCUUUGUUGACAGCCUCGCCGUACUCGUAGGCGUCAUGCAAGACUGGCCGGAGACACGCGAGCCUUAUCAUCUUUUGUCGCUUCUGCGAGAUGUCUUUGCCGCAGCCCUCACUGUCGCCGUCGACGUCGCACCCACCAACGAUCAUGAGCAACUGCUUGCCGGCCUCGACCUCGCCAUUCUGCCGGCACGCCUUGCCGUUCGCCUUCAGGCCGCACGUGUUCCCGUCCGUUGGCGUGCCAACGUCGCAGAAGGCGAUUCUGUCGCUAUGUUCUGUCGGUGUCCGCCAAUGCAGACGUGGACAAAAGGUGGAUAA